GCUGUGCAGUGACCGCGGGCAGUACCACUGAGCUCACAGGGGAGAGAAAGUUUUUAACUCUCAUCCUGGUGUUAGUUUUCCGUGUUCCAGAAAAUAUGGGCAUGGGAGAGAUCUAACCGGACGCGCACGCGGACAGGGCGAGCGGAGAGCAGGCCGUUUCCCCGGUACUGUGAAGAUAAAGGUGGGGGUGGGGCAACAUGGCUGCCUCUGUCAAGGUGGCGGUGCGAGUCAGACCCUUCAACUCCCGAGAGAUAAGCCGGGACGCCAAGUGUGUAAUACAAAUGCAGGGCAAUACUACGUGCAUCAGGAACCCGAAUCAGCCAACACACACCGCCAAGAGCUUCACCUUCGACUACUCCUACUGGUCACACACUACAGAGGACGAUCCCAUGUUUAUUUCCCAGAAGCAGGUGUAUUUGGAUAUUGGAGAGCGGAUGCUACUGCACGCAUUUGAAGGUUAUAAUGUGUGUAUUUUUGCUUAUGGACAAACUGGUGCAGGAAAAUCAUACACCAUGAUGGGAAAACCGGAGCCUGAAGAACGGGGCAUCAUUCCACAGAUGUGUGAAGAUCUAUUUAAUCGCAUCACAGAGAACACAGAUCCAGAUAUGUCAUACUCAGUGGAGGUCUCCUACAUGGAGAUUUACUGUGAGCGUGUGUGUGAUCUGCUAAGCCCCGUGUGUGUUGUUGGACUGCGUGUGCGUGAACAUCCCAUCCUCGGACCAUACGUGGAGGACCUGACCACUCAUGCCGUGUCCAACUACAGGGACAUCGCUGAGCUGAUGGAGUGUGGGAACAGAGCACGUACGGUGGCUGCAACCAACAUGAACGAUGCAAGCAGUCGCUCUCACGCUGUGUUUACACUCAUCUUCAGUCAGCGCCGCCGAGACGUCCUCACCAACCUUACCACUGAGAAGGUCAGUAAGAUCAGUCUGGUUGACUUGGCGGGCAGUGAGAGAGCCGCUUCAUCUGGAGCAAAGGGCAUAAGGUUAAAGGAAGGAGCUAAUAUUAAUAAAUCUCUCACUACACUGGGGAAGGUCAUAGCUGCACUGUGUGACAUGCAAAACAGCAAAAAGAAGAAAUCAGACUACAUCCCGUACAGAGACUCGGUCCUCACAUGGUUACUGAAGGAAAACCUCGGUGGUAACUCAUGCACUGUUAUGAUUGCUGCUCUCAGCCCUGCAGACAUCAACUAUGAAGAAACACUCAGUACUCUACGGUAUGCCAACCGUGCAAAACAGAUUCGAUGUAAUGCCGUGAUCAAUGAAGAUCCAAAUGCGCGGCUAAUCAGAGAACUGAAGGAGGAAUUGAACCGACUCCGAGAGCUUCUGCUAGCACAGGGACUUAGCCAGCUAAUGACUGGUGCGGACAUGAAUAAUAUCGGUACCUGUUCUGCACUAGCCACUGGCUCAACCCCUAACAGUGCUCCGCCAAUCACAGCCGAUGCCCCAUCCCAAGAUAUUGACCCCUCCUCUUAUUGUGGCCUUAACCAAUCAGGUUAUCAGGAUGAGAUCACACAGGAGGAGGCAAUGGAAAGACUGAGGGAAACAGAGAAAUUUAUUGCCGAUUUAAAUGAAACCUGGGAGGAAAAACUACGAAAAACCAAUUCUAUGCGUUUGGAAAGAGAGACUCUGUUGGCUGAGAUGGGUAUGUCUGUUAAAGAGGAUGGAGGAACUGUUGGUGUUUUCUCACCUAAAGGAACACCACACCUGGUGAACCUGAAUGAAGAUCCUCUAAUGGCUGAGUGUCUCCUCUAUUACAUUAAAGAGGGUAUUACCAGGGUCGGUCAGAAAGAGGUGGAUAUUAGGCUCAGUGGGCCAUUCAUUAUGGAACAGCACUGUGUCAUUAACUGCUAUACUGACCACCAUGGAGAAAUUGUCGUAACUCUGGAGCCAUUAGAAGGGUCGGAGUCUUAUGUCAACGGUGAAAUAAUUACAGAAUCAACAGUGCUCAAACAAGGUGACCGUGUGGUGAUGGGGAAGAGCCACGUGUUUCGUUUUAAUCAUCCAGAGCAGGCCAAGAGGGAGCGGGAGCGAGCACGCAGUACCACCAUUGAUCAGCAGGGGGAGUGUAAUUACACACAGCAGGAGCUGAUUGUAGAACAAGGGAUAGACAUCAGAGAGGAUGAGGAGACGAGACUGAGCGACAUGGAGCUUCAGUACCGUCAGGAGAAAGAGGAAGCUGACCUUCUGCUCGAGCAGCAAAGACUCUAUGCAGACUCAGACAGUGGUGAUGACUCUGAUAAGCGUUCGUGUGAAGAGAGCUGGAAACUCAUCUCAUCUCUCAGAGAGAAACUGCCAGCUAGCAAGGUGCAGUCUAUAGUCAAGCGUUGUGGCUUACCCAGCAGUGGGAAGCGGCGUGAGCCUCAGCGUGUGUAUCAGAUCCCGCAGAGGCGACGUGUGGGCGUGUUUGACCUUGAACGUGUGACCCUGUCUGACCUGCAACUGCAGGCAGUGAAGGAAGUGUGUUAUGAAGUGGCGCUUGCCGAAUUCCGAAACACACGCCGUGAAAUAAAUGCCAUGGCAAUCAUGAAGAUGAACGAACUGCUGCGCAUACAUGGAAUGGGCGGGGCUGAAGGGGGUGGAGCCUGGCGGCAGGUGGCCCAAGAAGUCUGGGACACAGUGGGUGGAGCCACAGAAGAAAAAGACAGAGUUAGUGGUGGAGGUGGUGGAGUUGGUGACGAAGGGGUCAGGGACAGAGGUGGCAUGUGUGAGCUGAAGACUCACCUGGAGAAGCUAACGGACAUUUUACAGGAAGUGAAGCAGCAAAACAACAUGAAGGAUGAAGAGAUACGAGCACUCAGAGACAGGAUGAUGAAGAUGGAGAGGGUCUUACCUGUACAACAAGAUCGAGAAGUGUUAGAAAAUCAGGGAACUGGAAAAAUAAAGGACAAUGAGGAAAAUGAGGGGUGUGGCCAUGAUAAUGAGGGGUGUGUCUCCCCUGAUCUGCACUCUAAAGAAGAGCGUGUUACGCAUCUGAUGGAAGAAGACCCCACCUUCCGCAGGGGGCGGCUCCGCUGGCUUAAACAGGAACAAACACGACUCCAAAAUCUGCAGCAACAGCAAAUUACAAAAAUUCUGCGACAGACAGGGGGCAGGACCGGAGGCCGGGCUGGGGAAGGAGGCGUGGUUCACCUGCCUGGAACGGGGCGGUUCAUUCCUCCACAUGAGUGUAAGCUGAAGUUUCCCUUUAAGAGCAACCCACACCACAGGCAUUCCUGGAGCCCUGCCCACAAUAUAACCCCACCCACUGAGGAAGAAAGGAGGGAGGGGCCAAAACAUCCUUCCACUCCAAACCACAUCACUCCACCUCUGAACCACAUGGUUCCAUUAGCAAAUCGUAGUCCCGCCCAUGACGUACCAUUGUUCAUCCUCCCAUCUAUGUUGCAGUUGCCAGUUGCCAUGGGAACCCAGCGCAUGCGCACACCCUUCAGCAACAGUCACUUCCCACAGCAGCAGCAGCAGUGGCACUACAGGAGGAACUCUGUGGACAGUUCAGCCACUCACCAUGGACGCAGUUACCAUGGUGACAGCAACGAACAACACAGUCACUAUCGGCGACGGUCACCGAGCCCUGUGGCAAGAGGCUACCCCCGGGAUUACUAUGGCAACCAUCUUCAGCACAACCGACCCCAGCAGUGUCCUCCCCCAUUUCUAAUGUACCAGGUUCCGCCCACUGCACACACACUGCCAAGUAACACACACUCUGAACCUGCCCAGUGGGGCUGGGGGCGGAGCCAAAGAUACACCACACCCCCUCGCCUGAGACGCCGACUUAGUGCACCUGACCUCGAGAGCAAGCAAACACCUAUCUGAGUGUGUGUGUGUGUAUGUGUGUGUGUGAGAGAGAGAGAGA